AUGAACUUACGUCCUAAGCACGAAAGACUUCUUCGUGAUAUCUACAAGAGAGACGGAUCAGUUGAUGAGCAGAAACUGUCCUUUUUUAAACACUAUCUACAACAAAAGCCAAUGAAAAUAGCUGAAACCAUGGGAAUCCUUAAGGAAUAUGCUAAGAAGUAUGCUAUUGCUAAAUCUUAUGAAAAGCAUAUGACAACAAUGAUAGUUUCGUCCCAUUUAAUUCAAGACUAUGCGAUGUUUUGCACUUCCUUUGAGAUUUCAGCUCUUAAGCUUAUUAAGACUCAUCUCAAGGAGAUCUUAAAGAUCAUUUCCAAGGACGAGUCUAGCUUUCCACCAGGAUACCCUUCCAAGUGCAAAGAAGAGAUGCGAAGGUGUUUUCACCUCUUUACUUAUGCCGGCACCCGAAGUUCAAAGGCCGAAAAGGUCUCUACUCAUAUUCUAUUAGCCCUCUGCACAGCUAUUGAUUCCGGCUUCACUUCAGUCCGGAAAGAAGCUUUAAGUAAUGCGCAGAUGUACGAGGCCUUAACUCAGCUGUAUGCUAAUAAGUGGAGUACUUUCUCUUCCUUGCACUUGCGUAAGAAAGAGCUAACUGAGGAGGAGAAAACUUCACCUGGUAAAGAAGUAGAUGGUGAGUCCUAUAGCACCGAUGCCUCUUUGUCCUAUAACUUUGCUGAUGGGUCUUGUAAUUACACUGAAGAUAAGUCUUCUUCUUCUUCGUCCUUCUUUUCGGCUCCAGAUCUACCUCUAGUCCCAGCUAAGGAUGCUGAUCGUGAAGACGGCAACACUCUCCCGGAAGAUUCAGCCCCAACCAGCUUAACCAAUCUAUCCCAUGUCAAUUCAACUCAAACCAACCUCACUCAACCCAACCUAACUCAAUCCAAUCUAACUCAACCGGCGCCCAGUUCAUUAGAAAUGACCGAAGGACUUAGUGGCUUAGCUAUUAGUAGGAACAACUUCUCUGGUCAUUUGAAAGGCGCGAUGGCCCAGGGCUUUAUUUCACCUGCUCAGUUUGUCGUUCAUCCUAAUGAGCCGCGUGUUGCCCAAACGGAUGCAUUCUUACUUUCUCUUCUCUCCUCCAUCAUUAAGAGUGCCGGUAUUUUAGUCCAUCAUACAGAGAAGAAGAUCUUAGGUAUCAACCGUACUGUAGUUAAAGCGGCUCCUUUUAAUGAAGAAAUCCGGCAGGAGAUCUUUAUCUCUUACUUCCAGAUGCUUUCACCGACUGUUAUUCCGGCCGUGGUUAAGCAGAUCAUUGAGAUCAGUAGUGAACGUGAAAUUGAAGACAUUCAUAAGAUUCUUUAUAAUACUAUUAAUGUUGAUCUGUAUUCCGAUUUGCUGAUUCAAUCAAAUGUUAUUCUAAGUAAUUGUCGUACUAAGAUCUUUGGCGGCGUAUCAGUUGAAAAGUCUCGGCACUUAGCUAUAUUUCUCCUAUUACAAACCACCCUCUUCCUCAACACUAUUAAUGUAGCUAUUCCUCCGGCUAGAAUGACCAAGAGUUUCUAUUUCCUUUUAAGAGCCCUCUACCCCAAGAAAUCUCUUUUCCGUAAAGUAGCUAUCACUGAUAACGAUAUGCAAGAACGUGUUCUAACCAUUAAGUAUUUUAAGCUUUUUAUCUCUAAAUGCCAAGAUAAGGAGAUUGUUUUCCUUUCCUUGCUUAGAAGAGCCUUCCAAAAAGAAGCAGGUAUUGGCAGUUCUUCUGUUCCUUCCGAUCUUAAACUUCUUAUCGCUAAAGAAUUGGAACAGUCUCUCUUAGAAACGGAAAAGUGCACUUCACUUAGUCUUUUUGAGCUUCUCCUUGAUAUUGCCCAGUCUUCCUCACUGCAAUUCCGCGAGCACAUUAACUCAGCCUUAGGAAUUAUGGUUGAGAGAGAAAUUCUAGGGAAACGUUCUCAGUUUGAAGAGCACAAGCGCAAGAGUGUCUUUGCCCGUGUGCGCACUCUAGCAGUAGCUCAUGGCGGCCUCUAUACUACUCUUCUUAAAAAGUCCUUACCGACCAUCAACAAGUCCGAAAUUCGCACAGUUGCCGGUGUUUUUUCCGCUAUCAAUGAAGUUUCCGGACUGGACGAGUGUAGCAAAUAUGUAGAUAUCUCUGAAGGCACCGUUUAUAACUUAGAAGAGGACAACAAACUCUGCAACCGCGAAAGUAGUAUCCAGGGAAGCUCUAUCCGUUCCGGCACCACCUUUGGCGGCAUUCGCAAGAGUUCUAUCCGUCUCUUUGAAAUCUUCCGCAAGCUCAACCGCUAA